UUGCCAUUUCUAGGUUUCCGUCCCGCCGCCGCCACCGCCGCCGCCGCCACUUGUCACUCGCUCGCUCUCCCUCCUCGCCGCCGCCCCGCAACCCGCGCAGCGCCGUCCGUCGCCAUGGGCCGCAUGUACGGCCCCGGGAAGGGCAUGUCCUCGUCGGUGCUGCCCUACGCUCGCUCCGCGCCCGGGUGGGUCAGGUCGUCCGCGGCGGAGGUGGAGGACGCGAUCGUGCGCGCCGCCAAGAAGGGCCAGCUGCCGUCGCAGAUCGGCACGCUGCUCCGCGACGCGCACGGCGUGCCGCUGGUCCACGGCGUCACGGGCCGCAAGAUCCUUCGCGUGCUCAGGGCCCGCGGCCUCGCGCCGGAGGUGCCCGAGGACCUCUACUUCCUCAUCAAGAAGGCCGUCGCGAUCAGGAAGCACCUGGACAGGAACCGGACGGACGUGGACGCCAAGUUCCGCCUCAUCCUCGUCGAGAGCAGGGUCCACCGCCUCACCCGCUACUACCGCCGCGCGAAGAAGAUCCCCGCCUCCUGGAAGUACGAGUCCAUCACCGCGAGCACUCUGGUGGCUUGAGUGACGGUUUCGUUUGAGCUUCGUGGUUCCUGUGAAUUGAUUAUCUACACUUCUCGAGUUUACCUUAAACCUAAAUUAAGUGAUAGUAGUACCUUUUUGGUAUGUAAGGUGUUAAAUUUAUCUGCCUCGUACACCUAGGAAGAAGUAUGUAUCUUGAGAGUUUAUGAAACUGGAUCAGUUUUUAGUCCUUUGGAGCUAGAUUGCUCAAAAUGGUUUGGAGUUGGGUUCAACCUUGAGCAGGUUGGUAAUACUUUGUAUGGACGUAUACUCAUCAAAGGUUCAGAAUGAAGCAAGAGAAUUGGUGGUAUUCUGUUUGCAA